UCAUUUCCCAUAUCAUAGAUUAUUUAUAUUGCUCCAUUAUAGUAAAUCCAAAGACAGGUGCACAUAUAACAGUCAGAGUAUAUAAUCCAAGCCUGGUAACAAUACCUGUAAACAAUGAAAAGAAAUUAAGCUUCUUCUUUUCAACUACUCAACUUCCACAAGUCACCAUAUAUGUUAAUUCCAUCCAGCAACAAACUUCACCGACAAAUUUCGAGAAUUCCCUGUUUUUAGGCUUUUUCUUCUUACAUCUUUUCUUCAGAGGAAAGGGAAAAAAAAACAAAAAAUAGAAAGGAAAGAGAAACCUUUUAGCAUCAACCUAUUUGCAUACGCGCAGACCAAUCCGGCAAACUCCAGCAGAUCCAGCUUGUUAACGAAUAAAAGGGUGCACAUAGGACUAAACCCAUAUGGUACACAAGGCUACCUUUUGGCUUCUCUUAGCUAAACUACUAGUACAAUACUUACUAGUGAUUGGUGCUGAAAUUCCAGCGGUUAUAGUCUUUGGGGACUCGUCUGUUGAUACAGGAAACAACAAUGAGCUCUCCACAUUCUUGAGGAGCAACUUUGAACCGUAUGGUCGGGAUUUCUUUGGAGGCGAACCCACUGGGAGGUUCUCUAAUGGCCGUCUUCCAUCAGACUUCAUCUCUGAGGCAUUCGGACUGAAACCAGUAGUCCCUGCCUUCUUAAAUCCUAAUUACAACAUAGAUGAUUUUGCUACAGGAGUUUGUUUCGCAUCAGCUGGUACAGGGUAUGAUAAUGCUACAUCUGAUACGCUAUCUGUUCUGCCACUGUGGAAGGAAGUGGAGUACUAUAAGGUAUACCAGCAGCAACUGAGGGACUAUCUUGGUGAUGAGAAAGCUAACAAAAUAAUUGAAGAAGCAGUAUACCUAAUAAGUAUGGGAACCAAUGAUUUCUUAGAGAACUACUACGCACGACCAAAAAGAAGAUUGGAAUUCGGUAUUGAAGAGUACCAAGAUUUCCUCAUUGGGAUUGCUAAUGAUUUCAUUAUAGAUCUUUAUAAGCUUGGAGCUCGUAGAUUAUCUCUGGGUGGUCUACCUCCUAUGGGUUGCUUGCCACUUGAAAGAACCACAAACAUCAUAUUUAAGCGUCAAUGCAUAGAAGAAUACAACCAGGUAGCUAAAGAGUUUAACAUGAAAUUGGCAAAUUUGGUUGACAAGCUGAACCGAGAGUUAAAGGGAUUACAGCUGGUGUUAUCAAACCCGUAUGACAUUCUCUUAGAGAUGAUUCAAAAGCCAUCUUCUUUCGGAUUUGAAUAUGCAGACAGAGGAUGUUGUGCAACUGGGUUUGUUGAGAUGGGUUACAUGUGCGAUCAACUCAACCCAUUCACGUGUAAAGAUGCUGACAAAUAUGUAUUUUGGGAUGCCUUCCAUCCUACUGAAAGAACAAAUGGUCUUGUAGCCGCUCAUCUGAUGAAGAAUUGGUCAACCAAGUUUCUAUAAUUGACAACAAGAUUGGCAUGAAUUUUCAAAUGCAGUUAACAGAAUGUAAAGCAGCAAAAACUAGAGCCAACUGUUAAUAGAGUGUUGCAACAACUAGGAGGGGAAGACAUGCACCUUGACUUCAGAGUGCACAUCACUUCGGCUCCUUGGGAAAAUGCAAUUUGAUCAAGGAAGGAAGCUCAGCUAGAUCAACCUUUGAUUGUCCAAGCAAAAUACUCUUCAACUUUUCAUCACAAUUGACAAGAUUUUUGUUUUGUGGAUCCUG